GUGGGGACGCGGCGGCGCUGCUCGUCCGCUGCCGCCGGCACCGCGCGCGAACUCCGGUCCAUGGCACGCAGGGCGGCGGCCCCCGGAGCUGCUCGAGAGUCGCCGGCCGCGCGCGUCGCGCCGCACUUUUAGGGCGGGAGCCGCGAGCCAGUCCCCGGCCGCAUCCUCCCUCCGCCGGCCCGGACGGGCGAGAGAGGGAGUUCCCGGAGCACCGCGGCCCGCGUUGCCUCUGCUUCCCGCUCCCGAGAUGAUCUUCCCCAGCGGCAGCGGCCACCCCGGCGCCGCCGGCGGCUGCAGGACGCCCUACCGCAAGCAGCAGUCUCUGGUCCCAGCGCACCCCAUGGCCCCGCCCAGUCCCAGCACCACCAGCAGUAAUAACAACAGUAGCAGUAGUAGCAACUCAGGAUGGGAUCAGCUGAGCAAGACGAACCUCUACAUCCGAGGCCUGCCCCCCAACACCACUGAUCAAGACCUGGUGAAGCUCUGUCAACCAUAUGGGAAGAUCGUCUCCACCAAGGCAAUUUUGGAUAAAGCAACCAACAAGUGCAAAGGUUAUGGCUUUGUUGACUUUGACAGUCCUGCAGCCGCCCAGAAAGCUGUCUCUGCCCUGAAGGCGAGUGGAGUCCAGGCUCAGAUGGCAAAGCAACAGGAACAAGAUCCUACCAACCUGUACAUUUCUAACCUGCCGCUGUCCAUGGAUGAGCAAGAACUCGAAAAUAUGCUCAAACCCUUUGGACAAGUUAUCUCUACCAGGGUCCUACGCGACUCCGGUGGUACCAGCCGUGGUGUUGGCUUUGCCAGGAUGGAAUCCACAGAAAAAUGCGAAGCUGUAAUUGGUCAUUUUAAUGGAAAAUUCAUCAAAACCCCACCAGGAGUUUCUGCGCCUACAGAACCUUUACUGUGCAAGUUUGCAGAUGGAGGACAGAAGAAGAGGCAGAACCCCAACAAGUACAUCCCUAACGGGCGGCCAUGGCCCAGAGAAGGAGAGGCUGGAAUGACACUCACUUACGACCCGACCACAGCUGCUCUACACAACGGAUUUUAUCCUUCACCAUACAGUAUUGCCACAAACCGAAUGAUCACUCAAACUUCUCUUACACCCUAUAUUGCAUCUCCUGUAUCUGCCUACCAGGUGGCAAAGGAAACCAGAGAGAACAAGUAUCGGGGCUCUGCUAUCAAGGUGCAGAGUCCUUCUUGGAUGCAACCCCAACCGUACAUUCUGCAGCACCCUGGUGCCGUGUUAACUCCCUCAAUGGAACACACCAUGUCACUACAACCUGCUUCUAUGAUCAGCCCUCUGGCCCAGCAGAUGAGUCAUCUGUCACUAGGCGGCACCGGAACAUACAUGCCUGCGACAUCGGCCAUGCAAGGAGCCUACUUGCCACAGUACACACACAUGCAGACUGCGGCGGUUCCCGUUGAGGAAGCAAGUGGCCAGCAGCAGGUGGCUGUGGAGACGUCUAAUGACCAUUCUCCAUAUCCCUUUCCACCCAAUAAGUAACUGUGAGAUGUACCGAAGGGAGUUCUUACAUGAAGAAGGGUGUGAAGGCUGAACAAUCAUGGAUUUUUCUGAUCAAUUGUGCUUUAGGAAAUUAUUGACAGUUUUGCACAGGUUCUUGAAAACGUUAUUUAUAAUGAAAUCAACUAAAACUAUUUUUGCUAUAAGUUCUAUAAGGUGCAUAAAACCCUUAAAUUCAUCUAGUAGCUGUUCCCCUGAACAGGUUUAUUUUAGUAAAAAACAAAAACAAAACGGAAAAAAAAAAAACGGAAAAAAAAAUCAAAGAUUUUUAUCAAAUAUAAUGAUGCAAAAAAAAGGAAAAAAAAAAGAGAAAAAGAAAACUUCAAUUUUCUGGGUAUGCACAAAGACCACGAAGACUUAUCCAAGUGCAUGACCGGAUUUUUGCAGUUUUGUUCAUUUUGUGUUUAAUUUGUCUUUUUUUUUCAGCUGUAUGAAAUGGGCUUUCUGAAGUUUCAGUUGUCUGACUUCACCCAUGGUGUUCCGUGCUUGCGAGUGUCCCUGUAACUCAGUGUUGGCCCACUCUCUGUACCUAGCUUUUCUUUCGAUGUAGUGUGAAGUGUCUUAUCCUUUUCUAUGAAUUCCAAUUUGCCUUAACUCUUUUGAUGCUGUAGCUGUUUCAGUAAAGUUAGUUCAACCUAAUGAUGUAGAAUGCUUUGACCAAAUGGGCUGGUCUAUUAGGCCUUGUAAAGCGGCAGCCUAGGGCUUUUAAAAGGUAGUCAAUAAAAGUUGCUGAAAUUUUGGCUUUUUUAAAUAUGUAGUAGGUGUUUUUAAUGAUUUUUCACAUAACAUGUAAGGUAGGAAAGUGCAAGGAGGGAAAACUGUUUUGUGUGAAACACAUUUUCUGACUGGGGGACUUUUAAUAGGGUAAAUUGUUUGUAAGGCUGCACACUGACAGUUUCCCCUGAUAGUGCGACUGAUUUAGGAUAUCUGCUGUAUGAUGCAAUGUAAAGUCUUUUUUGCCUUUUUUCAGGAAGAAAAAAA